AUGAAAAAUGCAUACAAUUUUAAUGAAAAUUGAAAGUACAUAUCAAAGUACGAAUUCGGAUUUAAUUAUUCUCAUAUAUAUUUGUCUAGUGCAGUAAUCAAAGAAAAUCAGCUAUUUUUACGAUUUUGAAAUUUUAAAAAUACUUAUUCAGGGAUUUCUUCUGAAAAUUUCAGUAUUGGCAGAAGAAUGUUAUUAGUCUGUAGCCAACUGUAUUGAAUCAAAAAUAUUGGAUAUUAUGAAAGAUAGUAACGUAUUUUAUAAAAAUCAAUUUAAUUCAUUUCUAUAAAUUUCUGCUUCAAUGUGUCAUAUUUAUCUCUGCAGAAUAGAUGGAUAUAGCAAAGCAGUUAUAUCAGUUCCCUGGGAAGAAAACGGAAAAAAAAUUGAUUUCAAGAAUAAAAGCCAAACUGGAAUGCCGUUAAUUGAUCAGGAUUCGUCUUAUAAAGAUGACUUUCAAGGUGAUCAAGUCCUCAAACCUUGCGAGUUAGCAACUUUUCCUGCGAAAAGACUUCGCAAACAUAUAUGAGGCUUUGAAAGAGAGAAUAAAGAUCCAUUUUUCUUACAAAAUAGCGAAGAAGGUUUAAUAAGAGAGAAUGAAUCAGAUGAAAACUCAAAUAUUUUUGUUUUGAUUAUCAUAAGUCUCAUCUUUUUAGGAGCUGCGACUAUUAUUUAUAUGAAGCUUAAAGCUAAAGCACAUAAGAAUAAGAAUAAAGAUUCAAAAUAG